CUAUCAAGCGAAGUUAGCGACGGGCUGUCAGGUUUGUCAUUGACUUUAAUAUCUCUUUUCGUGUUUCCUGUCGAAGCAGUUUGCAAGGAAUAAAAUUUGUGUAAACAAUGGCUCCACGCAAAAAUAAAGUUCAAAAAGAAGAGGUUCAAGUAUCCCUUGGACCACAAGUUCGUGAAGGCGAAAAUGUAUUUGGAGUAGCGCAUAUCUUUGCCAGUUUCAACGAUACUUUCGUCCAUGUAACAGACUUAUCUGGACGUGAAACAAUUGCACGCGUCACCGGUGGCAUGAAAGUGAAAGCCGAUCGUGAUGAAGCUUCUCCCUACGCUGCUAUGUUGGCCGCACAAGAUGUUGCCGAAAGAUGUAAGGUGUUGGGAAUCACAGCUUUGCACAUUAAACUUCGCGCAACUGGUGGCAACAAAACAAAAACACCAGGACCCGGUGCCCAAUCGGCGUUACGUGCUUUGGCCCGUUCAUCGAUGAAAAUUGGUCGCAUUGAAGAUGUUACACCCAUUCCAUCAGACGCCACACGCCGAAAGGGAGGACGACGUGGUCGUCGUCUUUAAAUGCAAUGUAUACACACUGGUUGUUUGUAUGCUAAUCGAUUCGUAUUUUUGGCAUUGUUUCCACCAUGAAGUGAUUUUUGUGUGAAAUGCUAAGACACUGAAAAUAAAAGGCCAAUUCUUGGUUGAAAUAAUUGCUGAACGGAA